AUGUCUGCAUCAGGGGUCCUCUGUGACAAGAAGGUUCCUCUGAAAUUAAAAGGAAAGUUUCACAGGAUGGUGGUCAGACCAUCCAUGUUAUAUGGAACAGAAACAGCAAGUAUGAGGGAAACAGAGGAGAUGAAGAUGGGUGAAGCAGAAAUUAGAAUGUUGAGAUGGAUGUCGAGAGUAACAAGGGAAGAGAGGAUUAGCAAUGAGUAUAUAAGAGGAUCGACAAAGGUAGUUGAAAUAUCAAAGAAAAUACAUAAGGAAAGGCUUCGAUGGUAUGGACACCUAUUACAGAGAGAGGAACAUAAUGUUGGAAGACAUACGAAGGAAAUGGAAGUGCUGGGUAGAAGGAAGAAGGGAAGGCCAAGAAAGAGAUGGCGUGAUUGUGUAGGGAAAGAUUUGUUAUUAACAGGUAUUGACGAGAACGAUGAACAGGACAGAAAUCGAUGGAGACGACUCAUUCACAACGGCAACCCCACAUAA